CUAUGGUGUCGGUGUGUGUCUAGAAGCGUCAAUUUGUAGCCCCGCCCCCUCGUUGAUUUUUGCAAGAACAUGGCUGGCAGCGCUUGGAGGUCACUGGUCUGUCGCUUGGCUGGAGCAGUUAACAGCCAAAAUGGAGCCAGAGGCCUUGCUAGCCAUAUGAGGAUGGUCACUAUGAUACCAGGAGAUGGGAUUGGGCCUGAGAUUUCCACUGCCAUCAUGAAGAUUUUUGAGGCAGCCAAGGCACCUAUCCAGUGGGAGGAGAGAAAUGUUACAGCCAUUCAAGGCCCUGGUGGCAAAUGGAUGAUCCCCCCUGAAGCCAAAGAAUCUAUGGAUAAAAAUAAAAUGGGUCUUAAAGGCCCUUUGAAGACACCAAUUGCUGCUGGACAUCCGUCCAUGAACCUGUUACUUAGAAAAACGUUUGAUCUUUAUGCCAAUGUCCGCCCCUGCGUCUCCAUUGAGGGUUAUAAGACUCCUUACACAGAUGUGGAUCUGGUUACCAUUCGGGAAAACACGGAGGGAGAAUACAGUGGCAUUGAACAUGUGAUUGUGGAUGGAGUAGUUCAAAGCAUUAAGCUGAUUACAGAGCAGGCCAGCCACAGGAUUGCAGAGUUUGCUUUUGAGUAUGCCAGAAAUAACCAAAGAAGCACCGUGACUGCAGUGCACAAAGCUAAUAUCAUGAGGAUGUCUGAUGGAUUAUUUCUGAAGAAGUGCCGAGAGGUUGCAGAGAAUUGCAAGGACAUAAAAUUUAAUGAAAUGUAUUUGGACACAGUGUGCCUCAAUAUGGUCCAGGACCCUACACAAUUUGAUGUACUUGUUAUGCCAAACUUGUAUGGUGAUAUCUUAAGUGAUCUGUGUGCCGGUCUAAUUGGAGGGUUGGGAGUAACACCAAGUGGAAAUAUUGGUGCUAAUGGAGUAGCGAUUUUUGAGUCGGUUCAUGGCACUGCACCAGAUAUAGCAGGGAAAGACUUGGCUAAUCCUACCGCUUUAUUACUGAGUGCAGUCUUGAUGCUGAGGCACAUGGAGCUGCAGGACUAUGCACGCAAGAUAGAGACUGCAUGUUUUGACACCAUAAAGGCUAGAAAGACCUUAACUAAAGAUUUGGGAGGAAACUCUAAGUGUUCCGAGUUUACAGAUGAGAUCUGUCAAAGGAUACGGGACAGUGACUAAUUUAUUUGACUGGCUCCAGUCACCAGCUCAGCCAGCUGACACCACACGCACAUCAUAUAAUGCUGAUGGCGACUUAUUUCAUCAAAGCCUUUUUCCCCUCAGACGUGACAUGAUAUACGAGUAUGCAGGGCAAUGUGCUGGAGGUCACUCUACUAAAAGGACACCAUGCAGCAUCUAAACUGUUCCUUACAGGCCAAUCAGAAAGCCACAUAAGAAUGGGAGAGAU